GCCGGCUGCGGAAUCGAUUUUGAGUCCCAGCCCGAAGCCGAAGGGCCCGAAGAGGCAGAGCGGCCAAGGCGGAACGGCGGCGGUGGAGGUCGAGGCGAUUGACGUGGACGCGGAGAACCAGGAGGAGAAACCGCCAGCGAGGACAGUGAACCAGGGCAGAAUCUCGAAGGAACUUGCGAGCAUGGCGCAGGGCCUGCAGGUGAACGCGAAGGAGAUUAAGGAGAAGAUCGCAGACGUUAAGGCCGUCGAGGAGCAGGCGGGCGAUAUGAGCGAGAAAAUGUCGACGAAGACGGAGGUGGAAACCAUGAUUGCCGAGACGGUGAAGCCCCUCCUAGGCUCGGCAACGAAGACGGGUGCACGGGGGACGGGGGAGCAGGACAAAUUCGCGCGCACUGCUGCGAUCGGGGACACCGAGACGGACGCGGAGAAAACGGACGCGAUCGAUUUCAUCGAAAAGCAAAUCAUCAUGAACGCGGAGGGCGUGGAGGAGCCCCACGCCGACCAGCUCGGGGGCGCGAGGUUCGUGAGGUUCAUCAACCCGAGGCUGAUGUUCGAGUUCUUACGGAAAUUCAAUAGUAAGCCAGAGCCUGCAAUCGGUAACCGGACGGCAUGGGUUGCUGUUUCGAGGAGCCCGGAGGAACGCAACAAGGGGAAGGCGCUUGGGAAGUACAAGAGGCAGGUUGGAGAGUGGAUGAUGGACGGCGACGGCGGCCAUUUGCAAGUCCAGCUCGACCCGGACAUCCUCAAGCAGGCCGGAGUCAUGGCUGAGGCGAAAUUGGACGACGAAGCUGCCCUGGCCGCCCUUCGGGGCUAG